AUGAAUUUUUUUGGCCCCUCAUCAACACAUUCUUUUUCAAAAAACUAUGAUAAUUCAAUAACGAAUGACAGUAAGAGAUCGAGUUCUGUACCAUAUAACUCUCCAAGAGUAUCACAACUUCCUCCUAACUCCUUUAAUUUUAAUGUAAUACCGAGUAUUUCCCACGAUAACAAUAAUAAUAACAAUAAUGUCUUAUCUCAAAAAGUGACUUCGAAUCAAAAUGAUACCUCAACAGUAUUAGAUAGGAACCUAAACUUUACAGCAACUAAUAAUGAAAAUCCAACUAGAAGUUUAAACGGGAAUAAUAAUACUAACCAACUUCAAACGCUCAUAUUAAAGCAUGAAGAUCAACCACAGGAAAAUCAAAUUAAUAAUAAUAAUAACGACGGUGGCAAUACAAGCUCCAAUUUUUAUGCAAUAACCCAAUACAUCCUCCAAGCCUAUUUUAAAGUGAAUAUAAAUGAUUUACCGGCAUUAAAAUUAGUAGACCUUAUAGUGGAUCAAACAUAUACAGACUCAUUGACAUUAAGAAAGCUAAAUGAUAGUUCGUCAUUCCAAUCUUAUGAAUAUUUUAACACCGUUCCAAGAGAUGCAGAUAUAUCACGUUGCCCGAUUUUUGCAUUGUCUGUGUAUUUUGUUAUUAGAUGGAGCCAUCCUACACAACCUAUAGCAAUAAACAACUUUAACGAGAUACCAUUACUGGAAUCGUCUUUGAUCAGCUUAGACGCAUCAUCAGAGAUACAUGUACAAAACCAAACUAAUGUAAAUAAUCGUACAGGAAAAUUAGCAAGAGCACAAAAUUUUGAACCAUCCAAGAAAUUAAUCAACAUCGUUUUUCCAUGGCUGCCAGCAUUUAGACAUGAUAUGUUAACCGUCGAUCGUACUAAUUAUAAGCUUCAUUCGUUGUGUGAAUUAUUUGAAUUUAUGGGUAAAGUUCUGAUCCAAGAUUUGAAACAUUUGACUCAGAGUCCAUUAUUACUUCCUAAUAUCGUCUCAUUCAUUUCAAAAUUUAUUCCUGACCUAUUUAAUCAAGAUGAAUUUCAAAGAGGAGAUAUAAGUCAACAAAAUGAAAAUAAUUUAUUACAAAAUAAUGCAUACAAUAAUAGCUUGAUUAAUAGCGACCUUUCUAUGAUAGGCAUUGGAGAUGCAAACUCAGGUAAUGGCGUAACAAAGGAACAAGUAGCAAAUCUGGUUGACUCUCAUCUAACCGAACUAUCCAAAAAAUUAACUACUGAAAAUAUUAGAUUGAGCCAACAGAUAACACAGCUGAAAUAUGACCUAGGAUCAUUAAACUCAAUGUGCAAUCAAAUUUUACAAGUCCAGAAGCAACUCCUGUCAGGUGCAACCAACAAUAAUACAAGUUCUCAACUACCAAAUAAUACCAUUAUGAACACGGCAAAUAAUUUACAAGGAGGUGGGAAUAGUGGUAAUAGUACGGGGGGUAUUAUUAUACUAGAUAGAAAUUCCAUUAAUUCAAAUAUUCUUAACAAUCUUGUUCAAUCAUUUGAUCACAAUCACGCUGAACAAUCGCCUGCCAAUAACCCACAGAUGGAUAAUGGUACCUCAGCUUUGGCUCCAAUCGGAUAUAUAAAUAGUACCAACAGCGGUGCAUCCUUCUCAAACCAACCUACACCGUCUAACCAGCAGCUACCUUCUAUUUCUAAUACACAGAGUAUUGUGCAACAAGAUAUUUCAAACACAAACAAUAAAAGGAAAUUACCCGUACCACUAUCUGCCCUACAACCGACGGUGUCAAGCCCUUUUGGGCUUUCUCCAGGAGGGUCAACAAGACCAUACACGGAUCCUGAUUCUCCGUAUAACACAAAUAAUAAUAAUAAUAACAACAAUAACAAUGGUAACACUAGUAACGUUAACAAACGUUUUAGGUUGGAUGAGAGACCAACAGCCUCUCAAGCUGCUUUGGAUUCCCUGUUAUAUAAAGCGAUACCCAGUCCAAAACUCCCCGAAAAUAUGUUUAAUACCAGUGGUAGUAGAAAUGGAUCUACACAAAUAAACGCAUCUAACUUUUCAGUUAGCAACGAAAGUGAUGCCCAACAACAAUCUGAUAACAUUCUCCCUAAUCCUGGAACUUCAGUUAACCUGUUGACAUCAAAAAUUGCUACACCUAUUGAAAGAGACAAUUUAACUAUGCUGUCUCCAAUACCUGAACCCAUGGAUCAAAUAAUGUCAAACAAGUUAGAUCGUUCAUAUUUGCAAAAUGAGAAUGCGAUUGAAAUAAGUAAGAAACGACCAGGCCCGAUCGAAGGAAAAUCUCUGACUGCUGAUAGAUCAGCGGCAAAGAUUCAACCAUUGGGGAAUAAGUCUAUGGUAACUAAGAUAAAUGGACCAUCACCAAUAGAAACAGCUCAAAUAAUUGAAACUACUGCAGGUAAGAAAACAGACGAAUUACCAACAAGGUUACCUACUAUUACUAAUACAUUUAGGAAAAGUGCUCAGUUGACCAUCGGUAGUCCCCCAAAUUCUCUAAUAAGAGAAAGACAAUCUGCUACAAUAAGUCAACCUACACUUAAACCACAGGGUCCAAAAAUUAAUGCUAUUAAAGAUAAAAAGGAUACAGAAAUUGCUAAAACGGGUGGCCCAAAUGAGAGUAUUAAAUACAAACUUUCAAGAGAUAACAAAACCAUAUGGGACCUGUAUGCUGAAUGGUAUAUUGGAUUAAAUGGGAAACAGUCCAUCAAAAAAUUGAUUGAAGAAUAUGGAUGGAGACGUUGGAAGGUAAGUGAAGAUUCACAUUUUUUUCCUACCAGGAGAAUUAUAAUUGACUACAUUGAAAUGGAGGUAGACAGAGGUAUCAGAUUGGGAAGAUUUAAGAAUCCAGACCAACCACGGGAAGAUAUACGAAAAAUACUCGUAAGUGACUUAGAAAAGUUCCGUAUAAACAAUGUGUUGACUCUAAACUCGUUAUCAUUAUACUUCAGAUACAUGACCAAGAGAGGGCAAGAAAUAUGCAUAUUCCAAGAUUUCAAAAACUGGAAUGUCAGAAUAAUGACAGAGGAAGAAAAAACAAAAUCUUGCAGACGUUCCCAUUUACCAGCUGCACUAAACAACAUUGAUAGUAAUCUGAAUUCAAAUACAUCAAGUGCCAAAAGUGAAAAGGUAAAAAAUCUUCUGGCUGAAAAUACAAGUGAGAAAAAUCCAAUCAUGCCUUCAAAAAUCAGCCCAAACAGUUCAAGUGGUACUAUACCUAACAAUACUAAUGACAAUAGUACCAUUUUACCUAAUGAGAAAGAACUUGAAUUGUUAAGAAACAAAUCCAAAAUGGUUGAUCUGAUCACCCAAACUAAUAGAAAUCCGAUACAUGGAAAUCCAUCUGAGACUGUAGCUGACACUCCUCAACAGUCGAGUAUCUCUAAGGAGCAAGAUGGCGCAAAUAGUGAGGAACCAACAGGAAAUACAAUCAUAAAUAAAGAAGUUGACAAAAUUAAGGCAACAACUGGUACACAACAAUCUCAAACAACUUUAACUGAAGCUGGGAAGGGUCAUAGUGAUAAUAUUUCCAGUACUCACCCUGAAUCUGUUGCUCCAUGA